UAUAAUCAGUAAAGCUAUUUACACUGUAUGUUGAAUAAAUAUCAUAUACUUACAUCACAACUGAACUUUGUUGUUUAUGAUCAGAGAAUUGGCGAGUGAGCAGAAUUCAAUCAGCGAGCGCAAGCACUGAACACUCUGGUGUUUUGACUGCUAAACACUUCAAAUUGGGCUGCAUCAGGUUGCACUGCACAGACGCAGGCGACGUCAAUUCCUCAAGCCCCACUUGCAGCAUUGAGUUUGAAUUUAGAAGAUGACAAUUCAACUCAAACAAAGUUAAGUCUGACACAGAGAAAAGGACCAAUGUGUGUACUUCUAACAUGUUUGGUUGGUAAAAUGUUGUAAAUUCAAAUCAGAGCAUCUUCCGUGUCUGGAAUGGAUGUAUUCUUGAGUCUAUAAGGUAACAAUAAUAUAAUAUGAUAACCUUGUUUGAAAUGAGUUUGGCUAAAUGAAAAUGUGGGUUUUGUCUAUACUACUAGGUAACUUACUUAUACUACAUUGACUGAGUUAAACAGAUUUGCAUUGCUAAAAAGAGACUAAAAUACAAUUUUCAUUGACUAAAACUAGACUAAAUGUCAUUAGUUUUUUUUCAACUAAAACUAGACGAAAAUAAUCAUGGAUUAUUCUGACUAAAAUAAAAACUUGACUGAAACUUGACCAGACUAAAAAGAGUAUGAACGUGACUAAAACUAAUAAAAACUAAAAUGACAGCUUUACACAAAGACUACACUAAAACUAGAAUUAAAGAAGUUACCAAAAACAACAGUAUUUGACAACAAAGUUCAGUUUGUUUGGUUAGGGUUUAAACACCUGAAUCUCCCCAAAAAUGUAGCUUUAUUGUAAUGCAUAAUUGGUACGAAAACAAUAAAACAAUAAGGCAUAAUUAGCAUCUUAAGCAUAACUGUCACUAGAACUUGUUUUAACAUAAUUGCCAUUUCUGCCUUGAUGACUACUGACCACUGUUAUUUUAACUGAAAAGAAUGCAUCAAGCUCGUGAUCAUGAGUUUAUAAGUUGGAAAUAGGAAGUUUUCGAUAGUACGUGAAGACAGCAGAGAAGCGCUCUCGCUCAACACAGUGGAGUGAAUCAUUUUGCUAAUUUUGUGGUUUAUUAUUUUGAGUUGUAUGGGACUCGGUUACACACAUCCCUCUCACAGUAUAUUGCUUUACAGACUUACUGCUCAGAAAUACGAGUCUCUACCCACCUAUUAAGUGUUGUCCUGCAACGCACUCUGCUUUGAUGGAUCCCGCGGCCGUGCAGGUCUCUAAUAGGAAGGUGCCUGUUAUAAUGUUAUGAUUGUUAUGAUAUUAUUAAUGUACUGGCAUUGACAAAACUUUUUUGUAUUUAAUUUAAUUACAUUAAUGUUAUAAGUUGAGAUUUAGGCUACAAUAAAUAUUUUAUCUACUACUAUGUAAAAAGUUCGUAUCGCAGUAGGCCUACUUUUAAAUGACAAAAGUGAACAACAGUACACUACUUUUGAACGCAUUAUUAGUUUUGUGCAUAACAAUAAUCAAUAAUGUAGCAAAUUUCGAUCAGUUCAGUAUUGACCUCCACUGCCCCAUUCUUAAAAUGCACACUUUUUAUAUAUACAGUUUUUACAUUUUACAUAUUUUUGCUUUUUUUAAUCCGACUGAGCCAUCAAUCCAUUUGUUGUUGGAUUGUUUUUUAUUAUUAUUAUUAUUAUUAUUGUUUAAACAUAACUUUUGAUGACUAAACAUGGACCCAAAUGUAAAAGGGGCAAGUUGUUAGAACUUAACUUGGGAUAAAACAAGACUUUAGUCCCUUAUUAUUUUAGUAAAUUUUAGUUUUAUAGCAGACAGGCUACUCUGUUAAAUGUAAAUGUACUUUGGGGCUGAUUUUACUAGCGUCUGCUGCUACCUUUAAAAGGGCUUUCAAUAUCUGUGGGGUCAUCAUACAUUCUAAUCGCCACUUUCUCUCCCGUGGUCUACGCAGGACAGCCUGCACCUGCUGGACUCCAGUGGGGUGCUGCGCGUCCAUCUCUAUACCGCCUGGCUGGAGCUCACUCAUAAGGAGCCGAAGAUAAGUCAUUUGGGGUUGCCUCAAGGUCCGUCAGGUGAGAAGGUGGCAGUAGUUGCGGUGGAUGACUGUGACAUCGGCAUGGCUGUGCGUUUUGGCAGUCAGAUCGGCAACUACUCCUGCGCUGCCCAGGGCACCCAGACGGGACAAAAGAAGUCUUUGGAUCUCACUGGGCCUCUUCUGCUUGGUGGGGUGCCCAACCUUCCAGAAGAUUUCCCCAUACGGAACCGGGACUUUGUGGGUUGCAUGAGGAACCUGAUGAUUGACAGUAAAUCCAUAGACAUGGCCAGUUACAUCGCUAACAAUGGCACCACUGAAGGUUGUCCAGCAAAGAAGAACUUCUGCUAUGAGGGUUUGUGUCAGCACGGUGCUCAGUGUGAAAAUAAGUGGAACACCUACUUUUGUGACUGUCCUGAAGGCCGGGGCGGCAAGAACUGUGAUCAGGUAAUGCCUUCACCGCAGCACUUCGAUGGUCGUGCCAUGGUGUCGUGGAUUGACCCUGACAUCACCAUUGCUGUGCCCUGGUACAUAAGCCUAAUGUUUCGCACCAGACAGAGCAGUGGAAAUGCAACCCUACUGCAAGUCAACGCUGGCGACGCAUCUCAAGUUAACCUUCUGAUAAGGGACAAGUAUGUGCGCUUUGAAGUACUGUUGGGAGAGUAUAAAGUGGCCACGCUGGAUUUCCCAGAGGUCCGAGUGAAUGAUGGGGAAUGGCACCACCUCCUCCUGGAGCUGAGGAGCAGCAAAGAUGGGAAGGACACAAAGUACAUGGCACAUGUUUUCCUGGACUACGACAUGUUCAUGAAGUCAGCAGAGAUUGGAAAUGAGCUGCCUGGACUCAAACUGAGGAGUCUGUUCAUAGGUGGACUUCUGGGACAGAGUAACAAUGUCCACCAGGGUCUUAAAGGAUGCAUGCAGGGUGUCAGGAUGGGGGAGACUGCUACCAACACGGCUAACAUCAACAUGCAGCAGGCAUUAAAGAUCCAUGUGGAAGAAGGCUGUGAUAUGGCCAACCCCUGCGACUCCAACAUCUGCCCUGACAACAGCCAGUGCACAGAUCAUUGGAAUGCACACACCUGCGUCUGUGACCCCGGUUUCUUUGGCAAAGAAUGUGUUGAUGCAUGUCGUCUGAAUCCCUGUAAGCAUUUGUCCACGUGUGUUCAUAAGCCGAGCUCCUCUCAUGGUUACACAUGUGAGUGCAGUCAGGACUACUAUGGACAGUACUGUGAGAACAAAGUGGAAAAACCAUGUCCUCAGGGUUGGUGGGGUAGCCCCAUGUGUGGCCCUUGCAACUGUGAUGCCAGCAAAGGCUUCAACCCUGACUGCAACAAGACUACUGGAGAAUGCCGCUGCAAAGACAACUAUUAUCAACCAAAGGACAGUGACACCUGUUUCCCCUGUGACUGCUUUCAUUUGGGCACCAAUUCACGUACCUGUGACCCAGAGACGGGUCAGUGCCCCUGCAAGGCGGGUGUGAUUGGCCGACAGUGCAACCGCUGUGACAGCCCCUUUUCUGAAGUGACUAGCACAGGUUGUCAGGUUGUAUAUGAGGGCUGCCCAAAGGUCUUUGACGUUGGAAUCUGGUGGCCCAGGACCAGUUUUGGACGCCCAGUAGCCAUGAAUUGUCCCAAGGGAUCUGUUGGUACUGCUGUCAGACACUGCAGUGAUGAGAAAGGCUGGCUUCCCCCUGAGCUCUUCAACUGUACCACCAUCACAUUCUCCCAACUCAAGAAACUGAAUGAGGAGUUGCAUCAUAAUGAAUCAACAAUGGAUGGGCAGAAAUCAAAGGAAAUGGCUUGGAUGUUAAAGAAUGCCACUGACCAGACCAAGUCCUUUUAUGGAAACGAUGUUAAGACAACCUACCAGCUUAUAUCCUGGAUCCUGCACUAUGAGAGCCAACAGCAGGGCUUUAACAUGGCCGCCAUGCGUGACGCCAAAUUCAACGAGAACAUAGUGAAGGCUGGCAGUGCAAUCCUGGAUGCCAGUAAUAAACGACACUGGGAUCAAAUACAGAGAACAGAGGGAGGCACGACACAUCUUUUGAAAAACUUUGAGGAAUAUGCCAACACUGUGGCGCAGAACAUGAGGAAGACCUACCUGAAACCCUUCAUCAUUGUAACCAAGAAUAUGGUUUUUGCAGUUGAUUAUCUGGAUGCCAUUUAUCCAGAUGAGGCAAAAAUCCCUCGUUUUCAAAUGACUGACCAGGAGUGUCCCAAAGACCUCAAGUCAUCUGUUAUUUUCCCAGAAUUUAGUUAUAAGUCUUCAGAGUAUAAAGAAUCUCACACCAGGUCUAAUGAAGAACAUGAUCUGGCUACAAACAAGGGGAAAAGGCAUGCAGAGAGUUUGCCACCAUUUCCUGUGGCUGCAGUUAUCAUCUAUAAAUCUCUGGGCCAUCUCCUACCAGAGCACUAUGACCCUGACCGCCGCAGUCUCAGGUUGCCAAACCGUCCAGUCAUUAACACACCUAUCAUAAGCACAAUUGUGUAUAGUGAAGGCGAGCCAUUGCAUAUUCCUCUGGAGCGACCAAUCACACUGGACUACAAUCUUCUGGAGACAGAGGAGAGAACUAAACCUGUGUGUGUGUUCUGGAAUCACUCUAUCACUGUUGGUGAAACAGGUGCCUGGUCACCUAAAGGAUGUUACCUCAUCUACAGAAACCACACCCACAUCAGCUGCCAAUGCAGUCACAUGACCAGCUUUGCCGUGCUUAUGGACAUUUCCAAGAGAGAGCAUGGUGAUGUUCUCCCCCUGAAGAUUGUCACCUACGCCACAGUCUCCGCCUCUCUACUGGCACUCCUCCUCACCUUCAUCCUGCUGGCUAUCCUACACAAACUACGCCCUAACCUUCACAGGAUCCACAAGAACCUGGUGGCUGCCUUGUUCUUCUCUGAGCUGGUCUUCCUUAUUGGAAUCAACCAGACUGACAAUCCGUUUGUGUGCACAGUGAUAGCCAUCCUUCUUCACUACUUCUACAUGUGUACAUUCGCCUGGACAUUUGUGGAGGGUUUGCACAUUUACCGUAUGCUCACUGAAGUCAGAAACAUCAACCAUGGACAAAUGCGCUUCUACUACGCCAUUGGCUGGGGGAUACCUGCUAUUAUUACAGGUCUGGCUGUGGGUUUGGAUCCUCAGGGAUAUGGGAACCCUGACUUCUGCUGGCUGUCUGUACAUGACACCCUCAUCUGGAGUUUCGCGGGACCCAUCGCUGUAGUGGUGCUAGUCAACAUCAUAAUCUUUGUGCUGGCGGCGAAGGCGUCAUGUGGCCGUAGGCAGUUUUCCUAUGAGAAGUCUGGAGUCAUUCCUGCUCUGCGAAUGGCCUUUCUGCUACUGUUGCUCAUUAGUGCCACCUGGCUGCUGGGUUUAAUGGCUGUUAACAGUGAUGUCAUGACCUUCCACUACCUGUUUGCCAUCUUCAGCUGUCUGCAGGGCAUAUUAAUUUUUUUCUUCCACAUCUUGUUCAAUAAAGAGGUGAGGAAAAAUCUGAAAAAUUUAUUCACAGGGAAGAAACCAUUACCUGAUGAGACCAGCACCACACGCAUCGCCCUACUGACGCGCACACUGAACUGUAAUAACACAUACAUGGAGGACGACAUACUAUAUCGCUCGGCCAUCGGCGAAUCAACGGUGUCUCUGGAGAGCACAGUCAGGGAUGAAUUGGGUCAGAAACCCAGUGUUUCAUCUGUAAAUGCUAAAGCUAGACAGACUGACAGCUCACUCUUCCGUAAUGGCACUAAAGCAGAUGACUCAGAUUCAGACAGCGAGAUCUCUGUGGAUGAACACAGCAGCUCAUAUGCCUCCUCUCACUCAUCUGACAGUGAGGACGAGGACAUGGACAUGAAGCCUAAGUGGAAUAAUGAGAGACAACCAGUACACAGCACGCCAAAGGUGGACUCUGUGUCUAAUCAUGUCAAGCCUUUCUGGUCGACUGAAGCCAUGACAGCCAGUGACAGUGAAGAUCCCGUAGGAGCAGAGAGACUGAGAGUGGAGACUAAAGUUAACGUGGAGCUUCAUCAGGAAAAUAAACUUAAUCACACUGGAGAGACCACUCAGGAUAAAGACCAUCCACCACCCUCCAUCCAAGCCAACAGCAACCACCAGCCUGAACAGAGGAAGGGUAUUCUAAAGAAUAAGAUUACAUAUCGUCCUCCAAUCACGGACAAAAACAUGAAAAACAAACUUAGGGAGAAGUUAUUGGACUACAACCCCCCCACCAUCUCCUCCAGCGUGCCCUCUAUAGCCUCUAAUGAUGGGGUCAACGGCCAGAACAUCCUAAUCAAGCCCCCUCAUCGGCUGAAUGUCCCACCACGAGAACAGCAGAACGGCAUUGCCAUGAAUCUGAGGUCAGGGACUGUUAAUGGCGGCAACCAGUCAGACUCUGAUGGCAGUAAUGAAACAUCAAUCUGACCCAGCAGGAAACCUGAGAAACUUCUGCCCUCGUGAGGAGCCUUGACUGUGGGAGGAAGGUAGAAAGUGAAGGAAGAUUACCCAAAGACCCUCCCUAUAGGUGCACCAUGCUCUCCAAUGUGCCCCUGGGGUCUAGGCUCCAUUGGAGAAUAGUAUUACUGCAGACAUCUGCCUGUUAAAUUAAUGAUAAGGAAAGAAAAGGGAAUGUAUGUAAAUAUGCAAGACAUGGUCAGCAAGGAUUUAUAGAAACUGUGCCAAACAGGGGGGCACGCUCUGACUGCGUGACAGGUGGACUUAAAGAGACACAUAAGAUUCUCUGUCAUUUUGUAAACUUUACUACUAGUGCUCCUUAAAACUGUGCAAGUGUGCACACGAUCACACAAGGCUGGAACUGUGUAGAGACAUUUUCUGAUCACGAAGCAUAAAUCACAGAAUGCUGAAAUUUUUCCCAUGUGCCCGGUCGGAACGUCCUCAUAGAGGGGAUCCGUCUCUUAUCUAAUACCUUCCUUGUGUAAUUACUGUAUAUAUAUAUAUAUAUAUAUGUGUAAAAUUUUUGCUGUUGUUUUGAAAUUGUAAUAUUUGAAGGCCAUUUGUACAUUGAAAAGCGUUUUAAUAACAUUUAAUGUAAAAUUAUUUUUUAUCCAAUGUGGUUAAAUCAAAAAUGUUUUGAACUUGAUUUGCAGGGUAAAUAAUUUGGGCUUCUAUAGUGCUGUAGUCCCAAAACAUAAGACUAAAAGUCUAUUAAAAAUACUGUUCAACUUUAACUAUAUUCAGUGACGAUGUUUAAUAACAUUUGAACUGUGAAGAACAACCCCAUAGACUUAAGGAUAUGAAAUAAUGUGUUUUAUUUAGUAAUUAAGUGACAGUUCACAGGUCGUAUUCCAAAGAAGCAGCAGUGAAAAAGACUUGCAGGUGUUCAAAAUCAUUUAUCACAAAAGACACUGGAUUUCUUAUGACAUAGCUGUAUUUUUUUUUUUUUUUUAUUGAGACACUGGAAAAAAAAAUUGAAGUAAAAUAAAAGUAAAAUAAAAAAAUAAUAAAAAGAAAGUUAUGCUAUGAUGUGUAAAGAUAAGUAUUAUAAAAAUGUGUGUGUAUAUAUUAGUAAACAUUAUUUUUUACUACUGGAAUACUGUGUUAGUAUAGGCGUAUUUCACAAAUGAACUGAUUAAAGCAGUUUGAGCAAAAUA